AGGGAUGAGUUUGUGCAAAUGGCAGGAAGUUCAAAGUUGACGGAGUUUGGGUCCUUGUCUUCAAAUUCAACAGGAAAGGGCAGAGAGAUGUGGCUACAAGUGGAGUUGUCCAUCUCACACCUCUUCACCUGAGGGCUUCCUGCUCUUGAUCCAGUUGCUCUUUCUUUAUUUCAGCUGGUAGGGUUUUACUUCUGGUCAUUCAGAGCGUUUGCUGGCAGUUGUCAGCAUCCAUCCUUGUAAUGGCGUCCUUCACGUGACCUUUGAUAAUGUGCUUCACCGGCUCGGCGUUCUCCUUGCUGCUUAAUGAAACACCCGUUUCACCUGCGUAAAGUGCAGAAUCCAUCAAGAAAUCUUAUGUACCUUCUGGAGUUAUUCCAACACAUGACCUUUUCACAAGCCUCACAGUAGGUGUCAGUAAUAUGGAGUAAUUGCCAACGAACUGGCAGCUUUCAAAGCUGGAAGGCUCAUUUCCACUUUCCUAAGACAGUUGCGUGUCCAACUGUGGCAGCUUCUAAUCUGAUUUCUUGUCUCAGAGAGCCUGUUGAUUGGAUUUUGUGGAUAUUUAGGUCUGCAAGUAUUGGAACAAAAAGUCUGCCAGAAGCGAUGACGAUUAUACAUCCUGUUUGGAGAUAAAACUCUUCUGCUCAUAGCUAGCCAUGCGGCUGUUGUAAGCAUUGGUCUUACUGAUCUUUUACAUCGGUUUAGGAUUCUCACCCCAAUUUUAUCUUUGUGGAUCAACUUAUGCUUAAAAGAUUGCAGGUUCUGGUGUGAUCCCUUUCUUGGGGAUGAUCCACUUGGCCAAGACAACCAAGCAGAACGGGCUGCAGGACUCACCUUUGCUGUAGGAUGCCUGGUUGCGUGGUGCUGUCCCCACCCUGUGUUGGGAUGGUGCUGGGUGAUCAAAGCUGCUGUUGAUGGAGUUAAGCAGAGCAUGUUGAACAAGAAGUGGGGUUGGACACUUAGGCUCCUGCCCUGCCAGCCUUUCCCCCGAGCACAGGGCCAGCUGGUGGUCUGGCUUAAGUGGCACUCAGAGCACUAAUAGACACUUUGCUCCCAAGUGUUUAUAGCUAAAGGGCCUUUGCUCUUUGAAAGUUAAUGCAGAUAAAGUCAAGUGUUUUAUUCAUGUGUUGGUGAAAAUUAGCACAUACAGGACCUGCAGUAUGGAGCACUAUGUAUUCUUUUUGGCAGUUGUAGCCCCUAGUCACUGCUAUGUGCUUUUAGCAAUGUAUUUCCAGAGAAGAUUGUUACAGUAAACAUGGUUAAUUUCUGCUCUACAGCAUUCCUGCUCAACAUUAUCAUUUUAUAGGCAGGCUUCUUUAUUUGCUUUUGCUCAAUUCAGUUUUGUCUCAUUUCCUUUGUAUUGUUAUUAACAUGUUCUGAACUUAAGAGGAAAAAUAUGUCAUCUUGAGGCUGUGACACAUUAACCAAAGAGAGGCGAGCUGACAGCCUGGCCACAAUGACGAUGCAAGCUGGAAGGGACAGAAUGUGCCAGUUUAGGAAACGGAAGGGUCAGGAGAGUUUUUUUCCUAGAAGUUCUGUUGCUCUGUGUAGUUGGAGGGGACCUUCAUUGGCGCUGCUGUGUUCCCCAGCAGAAGUGGUGAUGCUAUUCUUUCCUUCAUGAAGGAAAGUGUGACCUGUCUGGAUGCGAUACUGGGAUCAGAGCUCAACUCUUGGACUUGCAGCUGCAGUUUUAAUUUAAAAAAAAAAAAAAAAAAAAAAAAAAAAAUCAUCAUUUUGAAAAAAGGAGCUCCAAGUGCUCAAAUAUUUAAUCUGUGGUCAUCCAUGAAUAUUUUCUUUUGUCUAAAGUUCUGUCUGAGGCAGAUGAGGUCUCUGCACGUUGUUGGUCUGGUCUGCUUGGCCAGGGUAACUUGGGGUGGCUCCAAGGAGGAGCUGGACUGGUUUGUCCCAGCUGAAGACCUCCCACUGGAGAUUUUGAGUGUCAUUCCAUAUAAUGAAAUCAAAUUUAUGAGCCUUAAUAAUAAUAAUUUAAGGCUUUUGAGACCGCAGAAGGACUCACAGCUGUAGUUUCUGCAUCCUUCUAUGUUCUGUAAACAUAGCUAAUAUUGCCAAAAUCAAGGGCUCUGAAAUCUGGAGCCAGGCCCCAAAAGUCAGGAGUGUGCUACAAAAACACUACAUGUUGGACAAGUUUUAUUUGCUUUCUAUAUUCUUCUGAGCUCGCAGAAACUAGGUUUUUAAAAUUCACUAACUUUUUGCAAAUGCAAAAGCUAGGAGGCACAGUGUCCUCCAGUUGACUUGAAGCAGAGAUUCAUUUAUAACUGCCUAAUUCCCUAGCAAUGGGUUUUAAGAGCAGCAGAAGAGAUUUGGCAGCAUACCUCCUUCUCUGUGUUUUGUUUUCUUUUCUGAGGGAAGGGUAACAAGGGGGAAGGAGGCUUCAGCAUCCCCAUUGGGGUGGCAUGUUCCUGGGGCUCGCAGCACUCACCUGAGCUACAUAUAAAUGGUGUGAAUUGUACAUCUCUCGGGGCUGUAUGAAAGAAAAUGUAUUAAAAUAUGCAGCAACCCAAAUGCCACACUAAUAACUUGUAUUUCCCAGAAUGUUUAGCCCUGCUGGUGCACAAACAUGCUGUGCCUGAAAACCAGUGGGGAAUCAUAGCAAAUGACUGCAGAAAAUAAUUAAGAGGGCAUUGAAAGCCAGGAGAAAAAUGAUACGUUGCUCAGAGCCAGCAGAUCGUUGCUUUAAUAGCCCGCAUACCUAAGAAGCGGUGUCUUAAGUUUGACAGCAAGUUGGGAUUCGGUCAGCAUCAAAUAAGAUGAUAGUUGGAGGAGGAUAAUUAGUGUCUUCACACCAUUCAAUUUGGGCUGCUGGUGCAGAGCCAACUCUUUGAAACACGCACAUGCGAGCCAGCGAGAAGGAGUUUUUAAUUUUUUUUCCUCUUCCUUUCCCUAAGCAGCCUCUACGUGGUUUAUUGAUUUCUAUGAGCGGGCUGAUUUCCAUGUAAAUAAACGGGCGGGUGGCCGGGCCACGGCGCGGUCUGGAUGCGGUGACUUUGGCUUGGUGACAUCAUGUCUCAUUAGCAUGCAGGAGAGGAGAGCAAUGCAACAGCAGAGCCCCGCGCCGCUCCCGCGCCGGCAAUUAUCCUCCGCGGGCUGCAUCGCUCCUCGUUAAUGCCUUGUGCUCGAAGAGCAAAUUGGACAUCCUUCUGCCACCUCCAAGGGUCACUUAGCGAAAGGCAGGUUGAGGGGGGAGCUGUUGGAUUCAUUUGGAUUGGGAGCAGAGAGGGGGGCACCCUCCGGAGCUGGAUUUCAGAGCCAGGCAAUUUAAGCAAAAGCUUCAGACGCGGGGCAGGAAUGGCACGUUUUUCCCUGGCGGGUUUUCUUCGGUGACGCACCGCAGUCGGUGCGUGCCGCCUCUGAACAGCACCGACAAAAUCUGCCGGCUGCGUGUGUCGGGGCAGUGGGCUGUGCCGGGGGAGCGGGAUGCUUUAUGGCACUGCGGUCCUUGGGCUGGUCCUGCCGGCAGCCCACCCGCCGAAAGGCAACUGGUACCACUAGGACGGCUGAGCGACCCGCUGGGUUUUUCCCUCCUGCACUGUCACCCCCAUCGUUGGUGGGAACAGGAAGAUUUGUCUUCACUGUAAGUGCUCCCAGGAAGAGCACAUCGUAACAGUUAUGCCUCUGGAGAUGGAGAAGACCGUCACGAAGCUCAUGUUUGACUUCCAGAGGAAUUCAACUUCUGAUGACGAUUCGGGCUGUGCCUUGGAGGAAUAUGCAUGGGUCCCCCCUGGCCUGAAGCCUGAGCAGGUGCACCAGUACUACAGCUGCCUGCCCGAGGACAAGGUUCCCUACGUCAACAGCCCAGGAGAAAAAUCUCGCAUAAAGCAGCUUUUACAUCAGCUGCCGCCACAUGACAAUGAGGUCCGCUAUUGCAAUUCCUUGGAUGAAGAGGAGAAGAGGGAGCUCAAACUCUUCAGCAAUCAAAGGAAGAGAGAAAAUUUAGGGAGAGGCAAUGUGCGGCCAUUCCCUGUAACCAUGACGGGAGCCAUCUGCGAGCAGUGUGGUGGCCAGAUCAACGGAGGGGACAUGGCCGUCUUCGCCUCGCGAGCAGGGCAUGGCGUUUGCUGGCACCCUCCCUGCUUCAUCUGCAGCGUCUGCAACGAGUUGCUGGUUGACCUGAUCUACUUCUACCAAGAUGGAAAGAUCUACUGCGGCAGGCACCAUGCCGAGUGCCUCAAGCCCCGCUGCGCAGCCUGUGAUGAGAUCAUUUUUGCCGAUGAAUGCACCGAGGCCGAAGGGCGGCACUGGCACAUGAAGCACUUCUGCUGCUUUGAAUGUGAGACGGUGCUGGGGGGGCAGAGGUACAUCAUGAAGGAUGGCAGACCCUACUGCUGCAGCUGCUUUGAGUCCCUCUACGCCGAGUACUGCGACACCUGCGCCCAGCACAUUGGUAUUGACCAGGGCCAGAUGACAUAUGAUGGCCAGCACUGGCACGCCACUGAGACCUGCUUCUGCUGCGCCCAGUGCAAGAAAUCCCUGCUGGGACGGCCCUUCCUGCCCAAGCAGGGGCAGAUCUUCUGCUCCAGGGCCUGCAGUGUCGGCGAUGACCCCAAUGGCUCCGACUCCUCCGACUCGGCUUUCCAGAGCGCACGAGCCAAGGAGUCCCGCCGCAGUGCCAAGAUCGGCAAGAACAAGGGGAAGGGUGAGGAGGGGGCGCGCAGCCCCUGCAACCAGCUGCAGGUCACCUCCAACCGCCUCUCCACUGAUGUGGACCCGCUCUCGUUGCAAAUGGAUUUGCUGAGCCUGGCCAGCCAGACACCAAGCCUCAACAGGGAUCACGUGUGGAGGAGCAGGGACGAGCUCUAUCACUACGGGAACAAAAUGGAGCAAAGUCAGUCCCAAAGCCCUUUGCAGCUUCUCAGUCAGUGCAACAUAAGGACCUCCUAUAACCCCAGCCAGGUCCCGGGCUCGCAGACAGAUUUAUGGGCGAAACAUUACAGCAACCCGAAGAGGAGCUCCUCACUGGCAAUGAAGAGCCACAGUGGCAGCUUCAUCCAGGACUGCAGAGAGGACUACUACUCAGGGAGGCUUCGCUCACAGGAGAGCUACAGCGACAUGUCCAACCAGAGUUUCCCAGAAACCAGAGGAAGUCUCAAAGUCCCCAAGUACGAGGAAGAAGAGGAAGGCGGGAUGCCGACGCCACAGUGCCGCACUCGACACCCUAUCAACGCCCUCAAAUUCACCGAGGACCUGACACCCACUGAGCAGACACCCCGUGGCUCCAUGGAGUCCCUUGCACUCUCCAACGCAACAGGCCUCUCUGCAGAUGGUGGAGCCAAACGCCAGGAGCAUCUCUCCAGGUUCUCAAUGCCUGAUCUGAGCAAAGACUCGGGCAUGAACGUCUCGGAGAAGAUGAGCAACAUGGGCACCCUGAACUCCUCUGUGCAGUUCCGAAGUGCCGAGUCAGUGCGCAGCCUGCUGUCGGUGCAGCAGUACCAGGACAUGGAGCCCAACCUGCACAACCUCGCCAGCCCCCUUGGCUACCGAGAGCGGCCGUUGCACGGGCGGAUGCACCAGAGUUUCGACUACGGUAGUGGGGUGCCGGGGGGCAAACUGGGGGUGCAGGAGGUCUCCAGACAUGCCCCCAUGAGCGAGCGCACGCGUCGGCGAACUAACCUGCGGGAUGAUGACCGGCAUUACCGCCCGCACCGGCCCCGGCGGUCUCGGCGUUCCCGGUCGGAUAACGCCCUGCACCUGGCCAGCGAGCAGGGCUACCGGCUGAAGGAGAGACCCUCACUGCGAGCUCGGGAAGACUACGACCAGUUCAUGCACCAGAGGAGCUGCAGAGAGACGGUGGAGCAGGGUCCCCGCAGGGACGUCUAUGGCCACUGUCCCCGGACAGUGUCGGAUCUCGCCUUGCAGAACCACUUGGGUGAGAGGUGGGGGCCGUACUUUGCCGAAUACGACUGGUGCUCGACCUGCUCAUCCUCUUCGGAGUCUGACAAUGAGGGCUAUUUUCUUGGGGAGCCGAUUCCCCAACCCGCCCGGCUCCGGUACGUGACCAGCGAGGAGCUCCUGCACAAGUACGGCUCGUACAGCAUGCCCAAGUCUUCCACACUGGGGGGCAGGGGACAGUUGCACAGCCGGAAAAGACAGAAGAGCAAAAACUGUAUCAUAUCCUAAUGGCAUCCUUGUUAGGCACCUUGGGAGAAUGUAAAUUAACUCACAAACUUGCACUGUUUUAGAUCAUGUAAGCGCUUUUAUUGUAACAAAAAGAAACGACCUGAAGAAUAGGGAUUUCUAAGAAGGUUGUAGACUGGCUUCUAUAAAUAGUCAUAAUCCUGGGCACGGUGAAUAUAUUUUGCACAUCUUACUUUGGAGAAAAAUAAUACAAAAAAUCUUCACUUUAGCCUGUAAUAUUUACCCAGUAGUUUUUCCUCUUUCUUCCAAAUACUGCCAGCCUUUUGAGUUCUGGUUGUCUAUAUGUUUUGGUUACCACUGUCAACUCUCAGCAUCAGUUUGCCAGUAGCUUUUGCUUUCCACCACAUUUUUGUUUUCCAUUAGCCAUGUUGGUAGGUAAUUUGUCUCUUUUGGACAGUGUGGGAGCCUAAGUUAUUUCCGUGAUUGUUGUAAAUGCAAUGUAAAUGAGAGUUUGGAGAAAAUAUUUUUGUAUUUUGUUAUAUCAGAGGAAUUUCUAUAUCUUAGGAGUCACUGGGAAAAUGCAUGCACGUUCAGAAUUGUUUUCAACCAGAGCUAACCAAACAGUACUUUGGACCACCCCCCCUUUCCAAUUCAUCAUCACAUUUCUUAAGUAUAUCAGUGAGAGUUUGAAUUGUCAUUUGUUUUGAGGGUUAUGGGGUUUUUUUUAACCCUUUUUUUGGUUUGUUUCAUUCCUGGUAAAUAAAGAGACCAUUUUCCGAUCCAUUAAAUCUUGAAGAGGCCUCAGUGGCAUUUUGAAGUCUGCUCACACCUGUGAUUUUCAGGUACGCUCCAUCUGUCAGAUAUAGGAAUCCUGACAGCUGCAAAAUGGACUUUUUAUUGUUAUUAUUAUUAUUAUUAUUAUUAUUAAUUAUUAUAAUAUAGGAAAGAACAGAACUACCAAAUGCCUGCAACGUUGUAAAUGACCAAAGCUGGAGAAGGAAUUUUACACCUCUGUAGAGAACAUUGAAGUUACUAAACGUUGAAUUAUUAUUUGGAGUAAAUAAAAGUGUAAAUGGUGCAAUUGUGUGAUGUCAGCAUGACAUUGUUUUGAAUAUAGAUUUGUCUUAUGGUGCUCUAGUCCCCUGGGUUAUGUUAACUGCUGUUCAUUACCAAGUGGAAGUCUCAAUAUUGCCUAACACGUAGGAGAACGACUGCAAACUGCUCCCUGUGGGCCUGAUCCUGCCCUGGAGAGAUGUCCUCACUCCAGAGUGGUCUGUAAAUGGGCCCAGCUGUGUUGUGUUAUGGUGGAUGUAAGUUUUUUUCUCUGUAUGCUUUAAGCCUCUGAGGUAUGGCCGGAGGAUUGCGAGCCAAUGCCGCCUUCUCCUGGUGCUUCCCAGGAAGGAGCAGGUUUGCAAAAGGGGCACUUGGCACCCAAAGGUGCGGGUUAGCGCCUAGGGGUUUUAAGAUAAAGCUGGGGUUUGAGCUCCAGGAGGGCUGAGAGGCUGAACCAGCUGCAUUGCCCUCACCCCACGUGCUGCCAGCACCUCGGGGUGCCCCUGCCCUGCACCCUGGGAGGAGGGUCCAGCUGCAGUUCCAGCACCCCUGAGCGCACAUGGGACAUCCCGUCACCUCCUCAAAGCAGCAGAUGCAGAAAAGUCUUGCAGAAGGAUGUCUCCACACCACAGACUAUUGCUAGGAAUUUUAUUUUGUUGUUUGUAAAAGACAAUGUGAUAAUUAUUAUUCCUUUAAAAAGAAAAACAAAACAACGACAAAAAACGGAAUGACACUUAAGUAUAUUUAAAAAAAAAAAAAAUGUUUUUUCCAGUUGGAAUAAAUGGAAGUAUUCAUCCAAAGG